AUGAGCGGCCAACGGCGCCGCAAAGUGUUCAUGGUCGCCGUGCUGGGCCGCAAUCUCAUCGUCCUAAACAUCGCUUGGGUAACUGGCCAGGAUAUUAUUAAGGCAUCGAAAGUUGAAAUUUUUUUUUUCAGACAAUCUACGAUGGUCAAGAAACAACCGGAGAGCGCUAAGAACAAAGCUGCGAAGCGCAGCAAGCAAGCUGAUGACAAGACUUUUGGUCUGAAGAACAAAAACAAGUCGUCUAAGGUGCAGGCUUUUGUAAAGCAAGUUGAAGAGCAGGCGAAGAGCUCCGGAGCAGCCGCGAAGAAGAAAGAGGCCGACGCUGCCCGACGGGCUGCCGAAAAGAAAGCGGCAGAGGCGGCCAAGGCAGAGGCGCGGGCUCUUUUCAGCCAGGCAAUCACGCCGCAGAAGGUGCCGUUUGGGGUGGACCCCAAGUCUGUGCUGUGCGCGUUUUUCAAGCAGGGACUGUGCAACAAGGGCAGCAAAUGUAAAUUCAGCCACGAUCUGAACGUGGAGCGUAAAGCAGUCAAGAAGGACUUGUACUCUGACGAGCGCACGGACAAAGAGAGCGACACCAUGGACAACUGGGACGACGAGAAACUGGCAAACGUGGUCAUGUCCAAGCACGGCAACCCCAAAACUACUACGGAUAUUAUUUGCAAGUACUUUAUCGAGGCUAUUGAGAACUCCAAGUACGGCUGGUUCUGGGUGUGUCCCAACGGCGGCGACAACUGCAAAUAUAGACACUCGCUUCCGCCCGGAUUCAAGCUCAAAACAAAAGAGGAACAACGCCUGGAGCGUGCUGCUGCUGCUAAUGAACCCAAGAUGACCUUGGAAGACUUUAUCGAGAUCGAGCGCAAAAAGCUUCCCAAGAACCUUACGCCAGUCACGCUGGAGUCUUUCACAAAAUGGAAGACUGAGCGGGAGGCCAAGAAGCUUGCCGAGCGCGAAGAGGCCCAGAAGAAGGCCAAGGGACCUAUGUCUGGUCGCCAGCUCAUGGACUCUGGCAAGUUCGUUGCUGAUGAAGAAGACCAGGAGGACUGGGACUUUACCGCCAUGCGUGCUGAAACUCUGGCCCUGGAACAGGCUGCCGAAGACGCGGCCGAAGAAGCAGCUCGCGAAGAAGCCGAACGGGCCCGCCUCGAGACAUAA